GCUUUUCCUUUCCAUGGAUCCUGUUCAUGGGGAAAUAUCCAGAGCCAUGCGGAAUCGUGGGAUUGAAAUUUACAUUCCCGGCGAGAACGAUGGAAAUGUAUUGGACAAUCUGGAUUUGAAGUUACUCCUGCAUGGUUUGGGUUUAGUGGGAGAUAGCAUCUGUGAUGCACUUAUGGCUGUGCAUUCAGAAACCAAGGAAGCAAUAGCAGGUUCUGUGUCAUCUUUGUCACCUUUGCUUCAGGCUGCUGCUUUAAUUGUGCAGCAGAUACAGAGAGGCCUUGGAUUAGCAAAGUCUUUUCACAGAGCCUGUUGGGAAGUUUAUGGCCGCUCACAACAACUGCAGAUUAACCAAAAGCUUGUGUUAGAAUUGGUUAUGAAGCAUGCUUCAUCUCUGGCUUCCCAUGAAAUUUGGGGUGACUCCCUGCUAGCAAUGGGAUUGUGGCCAGACUCCCUACCUACAGGUCUGUUUGCAGCUGAAGACUCACUUCUUUCAACAGCCAGGAGUGAUGCACAGGUCCUAAUGUAUUGUCUGAAUAGACUAAACCUUAAAAACUGCAGGACACUACCACUGACUCUGCAAGAUCUUCAAGAGAUUAUGCAGUCCACUAAUCCCGAGAGUCUCAAAUUCAGUGCUGUUGAGAUAGCUGCCAACUGGAUGGAUAAAAUGGAAGUUCUCCAGGCCGCAGUGAAAUUGUUCACAGAAAAGGCAACCAAUCAAGACUGGACACUGAGAGUUAAAUGGCUUAACUCCCUAGCCAAAAAUCUGCCGCAGGUGCUUGAUCCAGUGCGGAUUCAGCUGGAAGCAGGUGCUGUAGCCCUGGGUAGUUUCUAUGCCAGUCCUCUCUCAUCUGGAGUCAGUAACAUGAUCAAGUUGCUACAGCCAACUAUGACAGAUGAACAUGUGAUGCCACUGGACCCAAGGUGGAAUAUGCAGUUUUUGGAUAUCAUUAGAAAUUCGAUGAACUUUGAUACAGAAAUGGAACACACAGAUCAGCUUCUAAUCCUUCUGAAGUCUGUAGCAAAUCGGGCAGUAUUAUUUCUUGAACGAGAAAAAAGAAGCUACACUGAGAAGAAUUUGAUUACCAGCAAGAAGCCAAGAAAUAGUGUCUUAAGAAUGUCUCUAGAUUUCCGCAAAGACCCAGGAAGUUAUAACUGCCUUCCUCAUGCAAUUGUGGUCAAUCUUGCUGCUUUCUUUGAACUUUGGGAUGCAUUUGCAUUUCACUGGGUGAAGUCUACUCAGGUGGCCUUAAGUGAUGAUGACAUGCAUGAUAUUUUAUACUGUUUGCUGUGGCGUGACCGGUUCUGGGCGAUCUCUGACACUCUGAUAGUGGAUUCAUCAGGGUUGUCCCUUCUGUCUCUGCACUGGCACUGGGUUAUGAAGCAUCUAAUUGACAGAAUUCCUCAGAUGCUUAUCGGAUCAGAUCAGCACAAGGUUUCCAAGGAAAUUCAGUCUGUUUCACAGCACAUUCAGAGCUGCUUAGCCAAUCCUGCUGGUAUUUCUGCCAGUAUGAAGAUAUUACAGAAGUCUCUAGGAAGACCUCUUCCUUUUAAGGAUAAACUGGCCAUGGAAUGUUUUUCUCAGUUAAAAACUCUCAGCAAACCACUUAACAUCUUGGAGCUAAGACUGGCCUUUGGAGAAAGUAGAUGGCAGGAAAAAAUGUGCUGCCUGAAAAUAGCUGCCACUGGAUGGAAGAUGAAGAAAGCAUUGCUGCAAGCUGAUGGCCUGGUAAUUAGAGCCAAUCAUUUAGAAGACGUUAGUCUGGGUCAACUAAAGAUUUUUUUGAAAGCUGUACAUUCACAGCUGAGAGCAGAAGGAAUUAUAUAUAGUCAUUCAGAAGAAAGGUUUACUGAAGAUACCAUCUCCAACCAAUUAGACCCUGCCUUGUUAAACCAGCUCUGCAGUCGAGUUCAGCUGUGGCCUGCAAUGGAGUACGUAGGCGUGCUCUGGCAGUACAAAUUGACAGGAGAUUAUGUGUCCAAGGCCUGUGCACGAAGGGAGAACUGCAGUCAAGAACUAAGCAUAUGUUCAGAUCUAGUUCAGCUUAUAGCUUUUUCCCUGAAGUUGACACCAGCUGCUUCUCACCAGCUAUCUGGACUGUGGCAUUUGUUACACCUUAAUGAAAUAUCCCCUGAAGAAAUGUCUAUUCUGUCGACUCAACUAGUAAAUGCUGUGUUAGCAUCCUUUUGGAGCAGUACUUUCUCCUUGGACCCAGACUACUGGUUGACUUGGAGACCACUACCUGCAACAGAGGAAAAGAACUUUUCUAAAUCCCAUAUGAACUGUUCUAUGAAGGGCCCAGGUAUUUUGACCCGAGCCGUUUUCUCAAAGUGCUUCUUUGAAAUUCUAACUAGCAGCAGCAAGACAAGCCAGUGGGAUGUGAGUGGGCUUCCUGUUCUGUCAUCAUCCCAUGUGACACUGGGAGAAUGGAUGGAGAGAGCACAGCAGCUUCAUGAAGUCAGCACAGCACUGUGGACCAACCUGGCUGUCUCUUCGAUAGCAGAUUUUAGAUACACAGAUGCCAGACUACAAGGAAUAAUGCUAGGCAGACAACUCUCUGCCCUGGUGGAUCUGGUUCCAGUGGAUCUUCAAGAAGAAUUUUUGGAGUGCUGUGAGAAACUCUACCACAAGGAUCCUGUUGCAUAUGAGUACCUUCUCAAGAUACUUAAAAGCAUCACCGAUCAGGAGUUACUUCCGAAAGAAUUCCUGUUUCUCCUGCUCACCUGUUUGCAGCAGUUCUUUGGGGAAGGGCUUAAGGGGUUACCAGAGACAGCUUGGCGAGGAAGCCUCUGGGUGAAUAUUGGUUUGGUGCAGAUCCAGGUGUGGCUUCCGCAGACCAGGUUUGAUCCGGCUGUUAAAAGAGAAUACAAGCUCAAGUAUGCAAAAGAAGAGUUAUACCAGCUGGAGUGUGAAUGGAAAACAAAUGAUAUCUCGUCCCAGCUGCAUACAGGAAAAAGUAUUGAAGAUGAAGCAGUCAGCAACUACAUUCAUCCCCAUCUCAGAUUGUUGCAUGAAAGAAUGCAAAGGUUGAAGGAGCAAAUAAGCAGUCUUUCCAGAAAAAAGGCCUUCAGGCCUCCAGCUCCAACCUAUGAUUGCCUAUACCAGGAGGCUCACCAGUAUGUCAACAGCAUAGCACGGGUUUCUUCAGUCCAAGAUCUUUUAGCCCGCCUUCUGCAGUUCCUCCGUGGGGAAAGACCUAAAUCACUCCAGGCAAUACAAAACCUCUUAAAUGAAGAAGCAUCUUGGCAACAAUCGCACCAUCAGUUUAGAAAACACCUGGCAGAGGAAUAUGCUAUAUUCCCUGAUGCCAUCAUUCCACUGCAAGCUGCCAUCUUACAGUUGCAACAUGGCAUGCGAUUAGUGGCUUCUGAAGUCUAUACAGCGCUCAAAAGUUUUGUGCGUCCAGAUGAUCUGACCAACCUCCUCGCUUCUUUGUUGGCAUUCCCUUCUAUCGGCUGUGCCUUCCCCACUUACUUUGCUCGUGCAGAAAUUUUAUGCUCGGUGAAUUCAGUUGAGGUCCUUCAUGGACUUAAAAAGUUUUUUGUGAAGCACUCUGAAGGAGAAACUGAGGGAGCAGAGCAGCCUUGCCCAACACUGGAACAGCUCCUAGUGAAUGCCUUGUUGCAUCUUCGAUGCCAUGUAUUAUCCAGAGGAGAGAUGGACCAGAAAUCUCUGCAGCUGUUUAGGCAUCUGUGUCAGGCAAUUAUAAAUGAAUGGGAUGAACAGGAACGCCGUGCCCAAGAGCGGGAGGCAAUGGAACGCAGUCUGUACAGAUACAGAAGUAAAAGUCAUGGAAAAGGACGAAGUGAGGAAGAAGAGGAAGAAGAAGAAUUUAGGAGGAGAUUUCCCCUUCACGAAAAGGACUUUGAAGAUAUCACAGCUCAGGCAAGCCUAGAAGAAAAAAUGGAAACUGAAGAUCCAUUGGAAGACCAGCUGGAAGUUGAUAGAGCCCUUUUGUCCAAGAGCUCUAUGCAAACAGUAAUGAUGGUUCAUCAACAGUUGUGCUUAAACUUCGCUCGAUCCCUGUGGUAUCAACAGAGUCUGCCUUCUCAUCAAGCCAAACAUUAUUUCAGUACAUUUAUUUCCUGCUAUCAGACUGGUGCAUGCCUGGUGUCGCAAUUCUAUCCUUUAAUUGGUGCUGAAAUGAAUGAUAGUCUUUUGGGAAGCCAACUUCUAGUUAGCACUCUUCUUCACAAUACCUUUUUUGAGGAAUUAACUUCAGAUCUUGUUCUGCAUCAAGAUGGCCCCUAUGACUUUUACCAACAUCCUAAUAUUCAGCAAGUCCGACAGUGCCAACCUGUACUUGAUAAUUUUGCUAAAGAAGUAAAUGGGUUGCUGCAGGAGUGGCCAGAGCAUCCAGUACUUAUGCAGCUGUUAGUUGUGAUGGACAGAAUCCGGAGUUUUCCACUCUCUUGUCCUCUCUCAAAGUUCUUGAAUGGCUUGGAAAUUCUUCUUGCAAAGGCACAGGACUGGGAGGAAAAUGCCAGUCGAGCUUUGUCCUUGCGAAAACAUCUUGAUUUGGUCACACAACUGAUUAUUCAGUGGCGUAGAUUGGAGUUGAAUUGCUGGUCAGUAAGUUUGGACAAUAUUAUGAAGCAGCAUGUAGAGAAAUCCACAAAGCACUGGUUCUCAAUCUAUCAGAUGAUUGAGAAGUAUAUUCAAGAACAGACAGAGGCAAACACAGAAGAAACUGAGCAAAUGGAUCUGAAAACGCUGGUCAGCACACUACAAGCUUUCAUUGAAGGAUCCACGCUGGGAGAGUUUCAUGCACGACUUCAAGCAUUACUGGUUUUCCACUGCCAUGUCUUGCUGAUGCCUCAAGUAGCAGAAAAGGAUGUUCUGUGCAGCAUCCUGUGGAAUCUAUACAAUUAUUACAAGCAGUUUUCAGAGUGUGUUGAGGUCAGAAUCGCUGAACUUCGUCAACCUAUAGAAAAGGAACUUAAGGAAUUUGUGAAAAUUUCGAAGUGGAAUGAUGUCAGCUUCUGGGCUAUAAAACAAUCAGUUGAAAAAAUACGCAGGACCCUCUUUAAAUUCAUGAAGAAGUUUGAAGUUGUUCUGGAUGAGCCAUGUCAGCCGGCCUUGGUGGAAAUUGGUAAGGAAGAGCAGCUGGACUGUUUGCAAAAGCAGGAAGAGUCUGAGAACAAAGAGACCAAAGUUCAGAGGCUAAACAACACAUUAAAAAAAAUUCUGUCUUCUAAAACAGAUGUUGCCAAGAGGGCACUCCCAGAAGAAUGUCAGGAUGGUAUUACAUUUCAUACAGAAUCUCUUCAGUAUCGUCUGCCUAAGCUUACUAAAAAAAUGAAGAAAAUGUGUACAACAGUUACAGAAAAUAAUUCAUUCUUAAGUCUGGUGGAGAAUCUUGACGAGUUUACAGGUGGUAUCAUUGUUUCUGUAGUUGAACUGCAAAAUUUAACAUUUGAUCGGACAGCAGAUAAGGAGAAGCAGAAAUCAGAGGCAAAGCAUAUUCAGAUGCAAAAGCAACGGGCUUUAUCAGAUCUCUUUAAAAGCCUUGCUAAAACAGGUUUGUCAUACCGGAAAGGUCUGUCUUGGUCCCGUUCAAAAGACUAUCGUGAAAUACUCUACCUACGUCCACUGGACUUGCAUAGUGCAUUAGGUGUAGUAAAUUGUACACAUGAACUGGAUUCCACGUUGCUGACAGAGAUUUCUUCUGCCUGGGAUGGAUGCCAGAAAUACUUCUAUCGGUCACUUGCACGCCACUGUAGACUUCAAACAGCGUUGUUGGCACCUGCCAAGGAUAUUGGACUAGGUAGCAUUGAACGAUGCAAAGGGUUCACUGCACACCUCAUACAGAUGCUUGUCAGACAGAGAAGAUCUCUUACUGCCUUGACAGAACAGUGGAUCUUACUAAGGAACCUCCUGAGUUCUAUACAAGAGAUAGAUUCUAGGUUGACUGCUGACAGAGAAUAUAAUGUAGCAUUCCCUCCUCAAGACAGUAUUCAACAUUGGACUGACAAACUGCAGCAACUUUCCAUGCAGUGCAUGAUGGUUCUCGAGGAGCUGUCUUGGUUUAUACAGUGCUGCCCAAAAGAAGAGUUAACAAAGUGCAGUGACAGUGAAAGGACAGAUGUCAAAACAAACAUUUUUCAGAGUUCAGGACCUGAAAUGGGAAAUGUUUUUAUGGGAAUACCUGACCUAAUUCCCUCAGAGCUAAAAUACUUGUCUCCAGUAACAACUGAGCAACUGCCUCCUGGAUGCAGGAUGCGAAAUAAGGAUCAGUUAUGGCUCCAGCUAGCUACACAAUUGACUGCAAUGCUGGCAAAAGUGAAGGCAAUGAAAGCAGAAGUGGACAAAAUAAGACAAGAGUCAUGUGAGACCUUGUUUUAUUCCUGGAGAGAUUUUGAAGUUUGCACAUCAGCUGUGAGUUGUUUGCUAGAAGUCUCAGCUCAGUUACAGGGUGUAGAGUCCCUAUUUCUUCCAAAUGGGGAAGACAGGCAAGCUGCAAAUCAGAUGGCCCUAAUCAAGAGCCUAAAAUAUAUACAAGAAGAAGUUAAUAACACAUCUGCAGAUUUCACAGCCUGGAGAACACAGCUUCUUGCUUCCAUGUCGAAUUGCAGUGGAAGUCAAGAGUCAGAUGAAGAGUUUGUGGAGCACUUCUCGUCAAAAGUGGAAACUGUUAUCCGUGUUGUUCUGUAUGGCAUCCAGUGUUUGGUAGAGAGAAAACAGGAAGAUGGGAAAGAGGAAGAAAAAUCUCCAGAGGAAAAUGAGGAUGCAUCUGCAUUUGAUGGGAUUAAAACAGGACAUAUAACUAAGCUUUUGGAUGAAGAUCUCUCUGCUGAUUUGGAUUCUUUGCAUGUGGAGAAAGCAAUUUUAGCGGUUUCAGAACUCCUGGAGAACCUGAAGUCUUAUGGGGAAGAUUACACUUCAGAUAAAUACAAGUUCUUCAACCAGUCCUGCUAUUUGCUGGUGCGUCUAAAGCCCAUGCUCUGCAAGUAUUCAGACCUUAUCCUGUUCUACCUCACUGUUUCACUGGCAUCUCACAGGAGUACUGGAAAAUUGCUUUCUGUUCUAACUAGCAUUUUUACAGAGCUUGCCCAAAAGGGAUUUUGUCUGCCAAAAGAAUUACUUGAAGAUGAAGAUGGAGAGGGAGCAACACAGUUUCAUGAUUACGAGGAUGGUGGUAUUGGAGAUGGGGAAGGCAAGAAGGAUGUGAGCGAUAAAAUAGAAAGCGAAGAUCAGAUAGAAGACAGUUUUCAAAAGGGUGAAGAGAAGGAGAAAGAGGAUCAAGAUUCUAAACCAGACAUUGAAGGAGAAGACAAUGCAAUUGAAAUGUCAGAAGACUUUGAAGGAAAAAUGCAUGAUGGAGAACAGGAAGAAAAAGAAAAUGAUGAAAAUUCAGAUGAAGAGGAGCUGGAUAAGCAGAUGGGAAAUCUUGAUAAUGCUGAAGCUGAUGAUAAACUGGAUGAGAGGCUCUGGGGGGAUGAAGAUGAAGAUGAUGAUGAAGAUGCCAGUAGUAAAACAGAAGAAACUGGACCAGGAAUGGAUGAGGAGGAUUCAGAGCUUGUUGCAAAAGAUGACAAUUUGGGCACAGGAAACAAGGAUAAUAAAAAACAACCCCCCAAGGAUAAGGAAAAUGAGCAACAAGAGGAGGACAAUGAAAACAAAGAGAAAAUCCAUGAACAAAUUGAUGAGCGUGAAUAUGAUGAGAAUGAAGUAGAUCCUUAUCAUGGCCAGCAAGAAAAGCAGCCUGAAGUUGAACCUUUGGACCUUCCUGAUAAUUUGAACCUGGAGAAUGAUGAGAAGAGUGACGAGGAGGAAAAGGAUGAAGAAGAAAAGAACGCCUUUGAAGUAGAUGAGAAACCUGUUGAUUUAAAUGAGGCAGAGAAGACAGAAGAACAGAAUGAAGAGGAUACUGGUGAGACAGAAAGAGAUAAUCAAGAUGCAGAACCAGCUGAAGAAGGUAUUUCUGAAGAUGAAGAGAAGAAGGAAGACGAAGGGGACAAAGAUGCUGAUGAUCAAGAAGAAAACACUGAGGAUGCAGCAGCAGCAGCAGAAGAGUCACAACCACCUGAUGAGGAAAAAAAUGAAUCUGCUGAAGAUAAGGGAAUCCCUGCUGCUGACCAAGGCCUUCAACCUCAGGAAGAAGAGAGUAAAGAUAAUUCAGAGAUAGAUGAAGAGAUCCCCGAGCCUGAGGAAAGAAUGGAGCAUGAAACACAAGGGCAGACCGGACAGGAAAACCUGCAGAGUGACAGUGCUGUUGAGCUGGCUGGAGAGGCUUCAGAAAGAGACCAGUCUAAAGAGGAAUAUGGAAGUGGAGCUUCAAGUGCAAAUCAAUCAGAAGGCCAUGAAUCCACACGCAUGGCCCGGAUGGCUUCUCAGAAGCAAAGCAGAAAAAAUACCCAGAGUUUCAAGAGGAAACCCGGGCAGGCAGACAAUGAGCGUUCAAUGGGAGAUCACAACGAACAUAUCCACAAGCGCCUGAGGACCAUAGAAUCCAGCAGUGAAGCAAAGCAGAAUACAACUCAGCCUAAACAAAAUGCAGAGGAGGCUGAUGCAUUUGAACAUAUUAAACAAGGCUCCGAAUGCUAUGAUGCACAGACAUAUGAUGUAGCUAGCAAAGAGCAAGAAAAACCUGUUAUGCCUCUUGAAGAAAAGGAAGAGGGAGAUUCUGAAGAUGCAGCUAUGGAAACAGAAAUGCAGAACAAUGAGGAUCUCAGAGCAGUAGACACAGAGGAGCUGAAGCCAGAAAAAAAGUUGUCUACUGCCACUAAACCUCCUGGGCCAGGUGAAGCAGAGCCAGAGAUCCAGACUUUUGACUCGGAGGAUGUCAAUGACUCUACAACAGAAAAGCUACCAAAGGUGACUGAAGAGAAGCCAGAGAGAAGCAGGGACUCAACUAUACAUACAGCCCAUCAGUUUUUGAUGGACACUCCCCAGCACAUCGUUAGAGAUCCCGAAGAGCUAAGAAAGGAACUUGAAAGGCAAUUGGAAGCUUGGCAGACACAGCAGUCUGGAACUCCAGAUGAGGAGAAGGAAGCAGCACAGUUGUGGCAGAGGUAUUUAGUACUGACAGCUCCUCUAUCACAGCAGCUUUGUGAACAGCUACGACUCAUAUUGGAACCCACUCAGGCAGCCAAAUUGAAAGGAGACUACAGAACGGGGAAGAGACUGAACAUGCGCAAAGUGAUACCAUAUAUUGCCAGCCAGUUCCGAAAGGAUAAGAUCUGGUUGCGGAGGACCAAGCCCAGUAAAAGACAGUACCAGAUUUGCUUGGCUAUUGAUGAUUCCUCUAGUAUGAUAGACAAUCACUCUAAACAGCUUGCAUAUGAAUCCCUGGCAGUUAUUGGAAAUGCACUGACUCUUCUAGAAGUGGGACAAAUUGCGGUGUGUAGCUUUGGAGAGACUGUUCAGCUGCUGCAUCCGUUCCAUGAACAGUUCAGUGACCAGUCAGGGACACGGAUAUUGCGUCUUUGCAAAUUUCAGCAGAAGAAAACGAAAAUAGCCCAGUUUCUAGAAUCAUCAGCAAAUAUGUUUGCUGCAGCACAGCAGUUGUCUCAAAAUAUUAAUCCGGAAACAGCGCAGCUGCUUUUGAUUGUAUCUGAUGGAAGAGGCCUUUUCUUGGAAGGCAAGGAACGAGUGACAGCAGCAGUUCAAGCAGCUCAGAAUGCCAAUAUCUUUGUUAUUUUCGUAGUGUUGGACAAUCCUAAUUCCCGGGAUUCCAUUUUGGACAUUAAAGUACCUAUAUUCAAAGGACCUGGAGAAUUGCCUGAAAUCAGAUCUUACAUGGAAGAAUUCCCAUUCCCAUUCUACAUGAUCCUUAGAGAUGUGAAUGCGCUUCCAGAAACUCUCAGUGAUGCACUCAGACAGUGGUUUGAACUGGUGACUGCCUCAGACACUUUGUAGACGUUGUAGACGAAGUCAGUACCUGAUUGCUGCUAAACCGCUGAAAUAUAUGAAAAGGCAUUUCAUUGGAGAGUUCGUAUGGUCUCUUUCUAACUGGGAUGAAUGUGCAGAAGCUGCCCUCUGGCAGUCAGACUGCCUGAGAACAAAAUGGUUUAGGUGCGUUCUCCCACAUUUGUAAGAGAAGAAUUAUGAAAUGAUGAGACUGUCAUCUUCUUUCAUUGCCUAUUCCCACAAAUAACGUAAAACUUUCCUUAACUUCUCCUGUAAUAACUUAUUACUUUAAAAAAAAAAAUGUAUUUGUAAUGCUCACGGAGGUAAAAUUAUUCCUACCA